UUGAUCAAGGAGAAUCAGAGACAUCCUCACAUACAAGUCUACAUACAUGUCUGGAUUGGAAAUAUGUUUAAUGAAAUGUUGACGUGUUGAAUGCCCUCUCUGUAUGUGUGCCACAUAGGCUGUAUAAGGUGUGGCAUCACCAGGAGAGCUAUAGAAAAGGGGAAUGUUAAUGAACUAGAUUUCCCCGGUAUGUUAGUUUUGCUUUCACUUCAUCUUGGACAGCAUUUCAUAAAGCUUGGUUAUUACCUAAACAUCUCACUUUAUCUGGUGUAUUUACAAUUUUUUUUCUUGUUCUUCUUCAAACCAGAUUUGUGACAAGGUGUCACAAUCUUACACAUGGCACCUUUUUAACUAACGCAGAGUAAGAAAAUUGUAAACAGCCUUUCUGUUUCACCUUAUGGUAGUGAUGUCAGAGUUAGAAGACCGCUGUUCCUCCAUUUCUUCCAUCUCUCUGCUGGAGAUCAAGACUGAGACUCAUCUAGUCCUCAAAGCUUUCCUCCAUCGGACACUUUCCAUCCCCCAAACAGAGAGGCCUGGCACAGUAGGAGGUGCCUACAAAGAUCACAACAAGUUCAGCGCCAGGCCACAUCCCAAACCAAAGGAUGGAAGGGAUUCACAACUGGAAGAUGCCAGUUCAGCAGAUGAGAAGAAGAGCAGUUUCAAGAACUUCAUAAAACAGCUGCCACUUCAUAACAGCACACGCCAUCAUGCCAAAGACCAGAAAGGCUCAUUGGACGGGAACAACAGGACAAAAGUGUCACACUUCAGAGACCAAGACGAUGUCAUAUCCCCCUCCUCGACAUCAGAAGAAGAUGAGAGGAAACCACAGAAGAAGCUGAACCAGAAGAAGAUUAGAAAAAGGAUUUCCAAAUUCUUCCGUUUAAAGUUGGAGAAAGAGAAGGAGAAAGAGAAAGAAGAGCAUGGUUCUCAUCCUCAGAGGCCUAGCAGCUUGUCAAUUGACAACGCAGAGCCUUUGCUGACCAUUGUAUCUCCCAGUAAGUACCUCCAUUGUACUAUAAAUCUGCACAACUACUGCUGCUGUGCCCAAAUUUAAAAUGUAAAUAUAUAGAAUGUUUCAUUGCUUUGAAUCUACACGCUGUAAUAGUUUGUGCCUGAAGUUGAAUAUUAAAGGCACUAUCAAAGUCACUGCUGGUGUUGAUAUAGACCACCCUCCAGAGUUCUAUAACGAAGUAGCAGAGAAACUAGACAAGAUUGCCCAGAGGUCUACGAGUAUAAAGAAACUGAGACCCAAAGCCCCAUCUUCAGCAGGUAAUCAAACACACACACACGCACACACAUACACACACACACACACACACACCUUUAGACUGAAGCAAACAACUACCAAUUAAUAUUCCCUGGUUCUAGUGCAAGAUCAAAUCAAAUCAAGUCAAUUUUAUUUGUAUAGCCCAAAGUC